CGCACCCCUUACCCCGCGCGCAUUCCGUCGAACACCUCGCCCGCACCCCAUCCCCACCGGCCGCCACCACCCACCACCAACCUUCCACAUGUGCACACGCGCCCUCCCCUCCACCUCCAUCUCCACCGCUAUAUAUCCUCGCGCCCCCUCCUCCCUCCACCGCUCCUCACCCCGUCUCCUCCGCCCCCUCCGCUGCCGCCUCUCCUCCCUCGCCUCCACCCCCUCCCUGUCCUCCCCCGCCGCCGCCGCCGCCAUGGAUCCCGUCGCGUCGUGGGGCCUGACCCCUCUCGAAGCCGCGGACCCCGUCGUCCACGACCUCCUGGAGCGGGAGAAGCGGCGCCAGCGGCGCGGCAUCGAGCUCAUCGCCUCCGAGAACUUCACCUCCUUCGCCGUCAUGGAGGCGCUGGGCUCCCCGCUCACCAACAAGUACUCCGAGGGCAUGCCCGGCGCCCGCUACUACGGCGGCAACGACGUCAUCGACGAGAUCGAGAACCUCUGCCGGUCCCGCGCUCUCGCCGCCUUCCGCCUCGACCCCGCUUCCUGGGGCGUCAACGUGCAGCCGUACUCCGGCUCGCCCGCCAACUUCGCCGCCUACACCGCGCUGCUGAACCCGCACGACCGGAUCAUGGGGCUCGACCUCCCCUCCGGCGGCCACCUCACGCACGGGUACUACACGGCGGGCGGGAAGAAGAUCUCCGCCACCUCGAUCUACUUCGAGAGCCUGCCGUACAAGGUGAGCGCCACCACCGGGUACAUCGACUACGAGAAGCUCGAGGAGAAGGCGCUGGAUUUCCGCCCCAAGCUCAUCAUCUGCGGUGGCAGCGCGUACCCGAGGGACUGGGACUACGCCAGGCUCAGGGCCGUCGCCGACAAGGUCGGGGCCCUGCUGCUCUGCGACAUGGCCCACAUCAGCGGACUCGUAGCCGCGCAGGAAGCUGCAAAUCCUUUUGAGUUUUGUGAUGUAGUUACCACUACCACACACAAAUCUCUCCGAGGGCCAAGGGCUGGCAUGAUCUUCUACAGGAAAGGCCCUAAGCCUCCCAAGAAGGGCCAGCCUGAGGGUGCUGUGUAUGAUUAUGAAGACAAGAUUAACUUUGCGGUGUUUCCAUCACUCCAAGGUGGUCCUCACAACCACCAGAUUGCUGCGCUUGCCGUAGCUCUGCAACAAACUAUGGCACCUGGUUUCAAGGCCUAUGCAAAGCAAGUGAAGGCCAAUGCUGUUGCCAUUGGAAACUAUCUCAUGAGCAAAGGCUACAAGAUGGUGACUGAUGGAACUGAGAACCACCUUGUUCUCUGGGAUCUCCGCCCUCUUGGCUUGACUGGAAACAAGGUUGAAAAGCUCUGUGACCUUUGCCACAUCACACUGAACAAGAAUGCUGUCUUUGGUGACAGCAGUGCAUUGGCUCCGGGUGGUGUCCGCAUUGGUGCCCCUGCGAUGACCUCUAGGGGUUUGGUCGAGAAGGACUUUGAGCAGAUUGGCGAGUUCCUCCACCAGGCGGUAACCAUCUGCCUGAACAUCCAGAAGGAGUAUGGCAAGCUCCUCAAGGACUUCAACAAGGGCCUGGUGAGCAACAAGGACAUCGAGAACCUCAAGACCAAGGUAGAGAAGUUCGCCGACUCCUUCGACAUGCCCGGGUUCACUCUCGAGAGCAUGAAGUACAAGGAGUAGAACAACACAGCAUGGCGUGGCCUUCUGUACUAAUCGUCAUCCAUCCGCUCUGCCCUUUUAAACCUUCUUUUGCCCUUACGAUGAUUAUGCCUUAUGGAUUUUGUCAACCCGUCAAGAUGAUAGGUUCAUAACGCCCCCUGCCUAUCUGCUUUGGUCGCCAUCCUUAUUCCGUCAUUUUCUUCUAGGAGUCGCAUAUGCGAUUGUCAGUAAGGUAUUUGCCAAUAAUAAUCUUGUGGUUUCUGGUU